GCCACGGGAGAGACUGGAGCAGCUUCGGGAGGCCAUGUGCAGGAAAAGGCGCUCGGAGGGAAAUAUACAGGAGUACUUGCCAAAUCAUGAGAAACGUGUUGUGGAUGGCAGUGUGGGUACUUACAAUGGAGUCAUUACUUCAUCUCAUAGCCUUCAACAGGAAGCAGUACAUAUUGAGAACAUCAGUUUUAAACAUGUGCAACGGAGGAGAGCAGACAAAAACACAGAAUACACUUUUCAGGUGACCUGGUCCGAUAAUUCCAAAACGUCGGUAACAAAGUCAUAUCGGGAGUUGGUGGAAUUCCUGUUAACGCUUCCAAAAGAGCUGUCCAAUGAACAUAUUGAUAAGACUAUAAUAGAUGCCUUACACCUGGGGAAGCGGCGAGGGGAGCAUCAGUAUUCAGACUUGGAACCUAUAGUGCAGCAAAUAUUUUCAUCUCCGUCCCAGGCGCUCCUUCAGAAUCCGAGAGUGUACAGAUUCUUCUAUACUGUCCAGAAAGAAUCUGGACAUCCCAGCCAUUUGCAGGCUGGCUUAAAAUGUUGUAAGACCUCUGAAGACAGCUCUGAGACUUCCAGUCAAGAAGAAGAUGGUAUGCACCACACAACAGGCUACAAGAAAACAGGAAAAAGUCUGGUUACAAAUUAUGUUGCUGUGAAAAGCACAUCCGGUAAUGGGGUUCAAAGCUCACAUCUUGAGCAAAAUGGAACAAAUUGGAGAAAGAAUGAUUGUAUGAACUCUCUGCAUCCUUCACGAUAUUUAAAUGAUGGACACCAGCAGUGUACAUUGGAGAAACGCAGCUCGAACCUAGCAAACCGGGAAAACACAAGAAGUAAUCAGAAAGUUGAGGGUCAGUCACCAUGCAAAGCAAAUGGGGUUACAUCAUCUCUGAACUCUCGGGCUACUUUGGUGAACGAUUCAACACUGGAAGUUGGGUCAGGGCAUGACACGUGUGGAGAGACCUCUUCUGAGAGUUAUAGUUCCCCACCUAGUCCCCGCCAUAACAGGAGGGAGAGCUUUGAAAGUGAAGACGAGAAAGACAGAGACACGGACAGCAAUUCAGAGGAUUCUGGCAAACCUGUUUCUGGAUUCCCAUCUCUUGGGGCAGUAAAUACAUCAUCAGCCAAGUUAUCUGACCACCUUACUAGUAAUGAAGAAAGUAUUAUUGAUAAGUCUUUGAAUGGUCGCAACUUUCCACCAUUUUCUAUUUUGCCUGGAUUGCACUGCAUGAUGCCAACUAAUGUAGAGAAGUUGGAGCCCGGGCAUCCACUUCCAGCAGAAGGAAAAACUCUGGGUAUGAUAGUCAGCCCAGUUUCUAUGCCCCCUGUGAGGGAGGCGAUUCACCAGAAUUCCCUUGGAAUUGGUGUCGCCACUGUAGCCUCUGCCAUAGGAGAAUCGGAGAAGUGUAUUGAUAUACUGACAUCCCCAAUGUCUGUAUCUUCCACUUUUAUUCCAAGAAACUGCUCACCUAGCAGCCCCGCUUUGCAAAUUCCAGUUCAAAGGCUAAAAGUACUUUCUCAGGGGUCAGCGGAGGCUUGUACUGUUAAUGGAUCAACACAGACUAAUAUCGGUUUGGGGACUGCCAGUGCUGGAUUUAUUUCGAUUCCCAACCAUGGAGGCUUUGCAGUUUCUCCUGUGACUGCUUCAGAACCUCUGAGUAAACCUAUUUCGCAAGUAGCAAGUCUUAAUCAGGUACUGCCUCACCUGGAUGGAAAUGUGGGGAUCGUAUCUCCAGCUACCAAUGUGAAGUUGGUUCUUUCAGGCACUAAUUUGAGUCCAGCACCUUCAACAGUCCCAUACCCUCUUUCUGGACCAUCACUUCCAAGUGGAGUAUUACCUACCCCUAACACCAAUGUGCUGAAUGCUGCUGCCUCAGCUGCUCCACAGCCAACUAAUAAUGGUAUAGGUCAGGUGCAAUCUGCCGUUCCUCUUACUGUUCCUACUCAUAGCCCUGGUCCUGCACCCAGUCCGAGCCCUGCGUUGACCCACAGUACUGCACAGAGUGAUAGCACUUCCUUCAUUAGUGCUGCAGUUGGGAAUACUAGCACAAAUGGGACACUUUUACCACCACAGCAAAUGGGCCCUGGGGCUUGUGGCUCUUGUGGACGUCGAUGCAGUUGUGGAGUACCGAUGGGCAGUUACUAUUAUCCUAACACAAUGCCUGGGCAGAUGUUCACUCGAGUUCCAUUUCCCUUUCCUAUGCCAUCAAUCUGCAAUAGCACCUACCUCAACCAAGCACACCAGAGCAAUGGAACACACUAUCCUGUCUUCCUGCAUCAGCCCCCCUAUACCAAUGGGCUAAUGCAUGACCCUGUGCUUGGCGGCCAGGCCAAUUAUGGCAUGCAACAGAUGGCAGGGUUUGCUAGGUUAUACCCAAUUUACCCAACAACUAAUGUAGUAGGCAACGCUAAUGGAUCAGUGACUAAGAAAAAUGGCAAUAUCUCAUGCUUCAACUGUGGGGUAGCUGGUCAUUAUGCACAGGACUGUAAGCAACCACCUAUGGAGGCCAAUCAGCAAGGCACUUUCAGGCUGAGAUAUGCACCUCUCCCUAAUCCCCCUGAUUCUUUGGAUUCUGCUGACUGACACCAGUCCACAAAAAAAACAAAACAAAAAAAAACAUGUACGUUGAAUCUACUUGUAAAGUUACCAUAUGGAAGUUUCACUUUCCUUUUCAUGAUGGGUUUAGGAGCUAAAGUUUUUUGCCUCUUCAAGAUGACAAGAAGCCCAUUUCUGUGCCAUGAAAUUGUGUACCUUGAACUGAAAGAAAUGUUUACAUAGCAUCCCUGUGUAAACAGGCCACAGCCUUACAUGAAGAACAGUGGCAAAAUAACAUGCCUAGGAUGGUUGGACCUACAGUGUGGUGGAUGAACAGAGAUGAAGAAGAACCCUAAUGUUGUGCUAAAAUCUAUGUCCCCAAUGUUUCAUUGACAACUCCCUUGUUUAAUCCUGUGACUGAUCUUUGACUCUGUAGUGCAUCUUCUGUCCAGUGCACGUUGUAUGAUUAUGUAAAGCUCUCAGCUGUACAUUUAAAAAUCACAGCAGAAUUUUGGUGUGUAACAGGAAGAAAGAAAAAAAAAAGUUUUUAAUUUUAAAAGUGUAUUGAAGAUGCCAUUCUUCACCCUUCUGAGUUUUAUGUAUUUCUUAGGUAAAACCAUGCCUAUAAAAAGUAAGCGCUAAAACCUCCAAGUCCAAACAGCUAGUGAAAUAUCUGAAUCUUUCGUUUCAGAUGGCGGCUUGGAAGACAUCUUAUAACACGUUAUCCUGUUGAUGCAGAGAGCCCUCUUUGCAUCUGCUGUUAUGUUAACUGCAACAGUUUGAAGUUUGAUUGAGAAGUAUUUUUUAGUUUCUAGAAAACAAAAUAACUUACGUUAAAGGUUUUCUUUAAGCUUAACUGACUGCUGUUGAAUUGAGACAGAAGUGUUCUGUCUAUGCAGUCAGUUUGUGGAUUCUCCACGUGGCAGAACACAACGGUGCUUCUGCAAGACCUAUCCAAACCUAAUUUAUUUAACGCUCAAGACGUAUUACAGUAUUUAAGUAUGAGAAGUUUCAGUCGUUUAUUUUGAGGACUAUUCUUGCUAAUUGGCAAGAGUAGCAGAGUUACUAUUUAAUUGUUCUGUUUUUCAAAUCUACCACUGAGAAUAUCUCAUAAUGUGAAAAUCUUAAUAUUUUUUGUGUUCUUUAGGGGUG